AUGCCUCCGAAAGCGAAUCCGUCUGCGCCCCGCGCAGGGAAUCAACCCCAAGCUUCUAGAGAACAGGGAAACUCUACAACACCAUCAGCCUCCUCCCCGCCGGGACGACCGCCAGUCCAGCGCUUACAGUCCUUGACCAAACGCACUACAGGCCCAAGUCUAAGCAACAGAGCUGCCAUUGGUCUUGACGACCCGGACAAACCCAAACCAGCACUCAAGUUCAAGCCCCGCGCUCCGAUUCGACGCACAAAGGAAGAGCGAGAUGCCAUACUCAAGAUAGAGGAGGAGCGCAACCGGCAGAGGCUGGAGGAAGCAUCGGCAAUCCAACGCUCUCGCCUUGGUCCUGUUAAAAAGCCCAGAGGCGCUUUCCGAGGCCGCGGGGGCACCUUUGGUGGACCCAGCAUGAGAGGCGGCCCAAUGCGUGGCCGUGGCGGUCGAUUCGACAUGGAUUCGCGCGCGUCUUCAAUUUCUAGACACAGCAUGCCUGCAUGGGGUGGUGGCGAUGAGGGUCCAUAUUACUCCUCGGAUGAGGAAACAGGCGGUAUUCGCACCAGUAUUGACCAGAUCAACCUUGACCGCGAUGGGGACGAUGAAGACGAGGUGGAUAAAAAGGGCAAAAAGGCUGUUCGUUCCUCUCGGCCAACCUAUAGAGGGCCGCUGCCUAUUCGAGUCAUACGACAUGAACACGAGGAACGAGUUGUCGGUGUGAACACGGAAGCAAGCUCCAGCACCUCGGCCGAAUUGCGGCGGGAGGCAAAGGAAAAGGAUCAACAGGGCGACACUGAUGGCGGCCUCUUUGUUCCACAAGAUACUGAGGAGCAAAAGGGCCCCGCGGUCAAACCUGAGCCAGCGGAGGAGGAUGUCUCCAUGUCUGACCUGCCACCUGCGCACGUCGACGACGACGACGAGAACCCUCUUCCAGAACAGACGACUAAAGCGCGAAAGACGGUCACCAUCAAAGAUCCUCGAAGCUUAUUGCGCACAAGGGAAGAAAUCGAAGAGUUUUCCCGGCAUAACGAAGACCUUGAAAUGAUGAGGGAGAUUCUUACUUUGGAAGAAGCCGAAAGGACGCCGGCCAAGCCUAGCGAGACGGCAGACACUGAGACUGAUGGUGCUUCGGAGCCCAAAGAAGAGACUGAAGAUGAGAAACUCGCUGAUGAGAAAAACGCCGGAAAGCUGUUCCUGAUCCAAUUCCCGCCAUUAACACCAAACCUGGUCAUACCUGGAGAGGAGGGGACAGACAACCAGAACGAUACCAACGACGAUGUCAUGAUCACACAUUCCAACACUAGAACAGAUCAGCCCAAAGUGAAGGUCGAAAAUGAGGACGCCGACUCAAAGGACCACAUCAAACAACCAAGUAAGCUGGUCACCGCGGUGGAGAAACAACUCCCUGCGGGUCGUGUUGGACGAUUGAAUCUGCACAAGUCGGGCAAGGUCACGUUGGACUGGGGCGGUAUCAGCUUCGAGUUGGACAAGGGCGCGGAUGUCAAUUUUAAUCAAGAAGCGCUCAUUGCCUCGACGCCGGCGACUGGCGCGACAGCUGAUGAACUGGAGGAAAAGCAGGUUUGGGCAAUGGGCGAGCUCAGUGGGAAAUUUAUUGCAAGUCCAGAGUGGAAUCGACUUUUGUGA